CGUGUACUUUCUGGCAAACGCGAAGAGUCGAGAACUCGAGAGUCCAGUUGUCGAUUGAACGUGUCGUGCAGUGCUCGUAUCAACAAGUCAGGAUGACACGUCUUGCAAUAACCCUCUUACUGGUGUGCAUCGCAAGUGUAUUUGCCGAGGACGCAGCGAUGAAUAAACCCGAAACGUUUGAUCAAAACAAGGAUUGGGAAAAAGCCAAGUCCCUCCACGAGUUUCACGCCAAUGACAUCCACGGCAAUGACGUGUCGCUCGACAAGUACCGCGGCAACGUAGUCCUCGUGGUGAACGUGGCCAGCAAGUGCGGUCUGACCGACAGCAACUACAAGCAGCUCCAGAAGCUGUACAACGAAUACCAGGGCAAGGGCCUGCAAAUCCUGGCGUUCCCAUCCAACGACUUCAACCAGGAGCCAGGCACUGCCGACGAGAUCCUGGAGUUCGUCAAACAGUACGGCGUCACGUUCGACAUGAUGGAGAAGAUCCACGUGAACGGCGACGAGGCCCAUCCUUUGUACAAGUGGCUCAAAAGCCAGGAAGCCGGCAAGGGCAUCUUUGGCAACAGCAUCAAGUGGAACUUUUCCAAGUUCCUGGUUGACAAGAGCGGCAAAGUCGUGGACAGAUUCGCGCCCACCACAGAGCCGGAGUCCUUCGAAAAGACCAUCGUUGAGUACUUGAAUAAGGAAUAAUUGUAUAUAUAUCCUCUACUUGGAAUUAAGUUUUCAUUUGGAGUACGUAAGCGAAGACUUUCGAAGACUGUAUAACGGGAAAUACGUUUUUUAAGAUGUUGAUAUGGUAUUGUUUAUCUAUUAUUGUAAUCCAUUGUUGAUAUUUGCACAAUAAAAGCAUAAAAUCAUUGAACACA